UUCCUAAAAUAGGCAGAGUUUGAGUUUCAAAUUUCUCUCCCCUCGGCCAACGGUCUCAUACACUGUUCCUCUCUUCAAUCUCAGCCGUUUAUUCUUUCAUCCGGGUUUUAUCCUGUAUUCUACAGACUAUAGAAAGAGAAUUGGAAUAGAGCAGCAGACAACUAUUUCAAUGUAUUUUUGAAUUGGGGUUAAGCUGUGCGUCCUUGUUCUCAUAUCAGUGAAGUACGGAGUAAAAAACAAGGGUUUUCCUUAACAAAUCUGGUGUGUAUCACUAUUUAUCGAUUUGUUUAUCCGUUACUUCUCCUAACUUCAACAUUUCAUGAUUUCCUCCCUUCAAAUUCUUGAUUAUUUACUCAAAGUUUGAAUCUUUAGCUGAGUUUCCGUUUUAUUGAAUAAUAAUUUAAAUACUGGUGUGACAUUAAGAUUUGGUUUUCAACAGUUUGAUGUCUUAGUGGCCAUUACAAAUUCGGAUGGCAUGAAUUGAACCAAUACAACUAACUCUGUGAGAUAUCUUCUCUUCGGCAGUGUGGUGUUAAUUCGGAACUCCUAAAAGAUGGUUGAAGACAAUGGGAAGAGCGCAGCCGCUGAUGACAUGUCAGCGGAAGAGUGGUUAAUGCGGGCCCAGAAGCUGGUGCCAGAGGCUCUUGCAAGGGCAAGAGAGGUCAGGGGUUUCCCGGGAAGGUGGAAGAUGAUAAUUUCAAAACUGGAAAAAAUCCCUCCAAACUUGUCUGAUCUGUCAACUCAUCCUUGCUUCUCUAAGAACGCCCUUUGCAAGGAACAGAUUCAGGCGGUGUUCCAUACACUGAAGAGUGCAAUAGAGUUGGCCGAGAUUUGUGGGAAAGAGAAGUAUGAGGGGAAGCUUCAGAUGCAAAGUGAUUUGGAUUUUUUGUCUGGAAAACUGGAUUUGAAUCUGCGCGAUUGUGGGAUUUUGAUCAAGACAGGCCUUCUAGGCGAAGAAUUCCUAGCUCGUCUUCAAAUCGGUCACCUAGAGGACAAACAUAGAGCUCUUGAUCAUCUUCUGGAAGCAAUGCGAGAGGACGAAAAGAAAGUUUUAGAAGUUUUGGGGCGUAACAGCGUAACAGCACUUGUUCAACUCCUAACUGCAGCCACUUCUCCAAGAAUAAGAGAAAAGACAGCAACCGUCAUUUGCUCGCUUGCCUUGGCCGGGAGGUGCGACACUUGGCUUGUUGAAGAAGGCGCACUUCCACCCCUUAUACGACUAGUUGAAUCUGGUACUACAUUGGGUAAAGAAAAGGCAACUCUUUCCCUCCAGAGGCUGUCUGUCUCAACCUCAACUUCCAGGUCAAUCGUUGGACACGGUGGAGUUAGGCCGCUAGUGGAGAUAUGUACAACCUCUGAUUCGGUAACUCAGGCUGCGGCUGCAUGUACUUUGAAGAACAUGUCUGUUGUACCAGAGGUACGGCAGGUUCUCGUCCAAGAAGGCGUUGUCAAAGUUAUGAUCCAUCUUCUUGAUUUCUCCCUCCUCCUUGGAACUAAAAGGUAUGCUGCUGAAUGCUUGCAGAAUCUCACUUCUGUCAAUGAUGACAUCAAAAGAUGCGUUGUUUCCGAGGGUGGGCUCCAGAGCCUGCUUGCCUAUUUGGACGCCCCGAUCCCACCCCAAGAAUCGACGGUCAUGGCAAUUAGGAACUUGGUGGGAUCGGUCCCGACAGAUAAGCUGCUUGCACUCGGAAUCCUUCCGAAGCUGGCACAUGUCCUAAGAACAGGCUCACCCGGGGCACAGAAAGCUGCCACUUCUUCAAUAUGCAGACUCUGCACGUCUGUUGAUGUGAAAUUGGCAGUAGGCGAGGCAGGAUGCGUCCCGCUUCUUGUUAAGAUGUUGGAGGCAAAGGAGAACGAGACGAGGGAGGCUGCUGCACAGGCAAUAUGUAGCCUGAUGAGUGUUGUGCGUAACUGCCGGGAGGUGAAGAAGGAUGAAAAAAGCGUGCCGAGCUUGGUGCAGCUGUUGGACCCGAACCCUCAAAAUAGUGCGAAAAAGUAUUCAGUUUCAUGCCUUAGUAUGCUGUCCACAAGCAAGAGGUGUAAGAGGUUGAUGGUUUCGUAUGGUGCGAUCGGUUACCUUAAGAAGCUUAGCGAGAUGGAGGUUCCCGGGGCGAAGAAGUUGCAAAUGCGUUUGGAAAGAGGGCGGCUGAGAAGCUUGUUUGGAAAAAAGUAGAUUUUGAUACUGGCUCAUAAACAAACUGUUCAGUAUCUUUCUGAAACAAAAAAACAAUGUAGCCAGUUAUUUUAUGCCCUGAACAUGCAAAGCUUAUCUGUAUCGCUUGUAAAUUAUUGUUCAAUAACUAUUUACCUUUCUUCAUGAUUGGGUUCGUUAAGGGUGAAAGGAGCUUCACCUUUAUUUUUGAAAACUAAAACACCAAAUUUGGGAAAUUAUAACUGGA